AUGUCAUAUACAAACAGCGAAUUGAGCCAAGCUAUUGACAAGGCAACAUCGGCAGAUCUAACAGACGAUGAUUAUGGCCUUUUGCUAGAUGUGGUUGAUAAGGUGAAGGAGGAUCCAAACAAAAAUAUUAGUGAAACCAUAGAUUUAGUCAAGACGAAACUUCGAUCGACUAAUGCAAACAUUGUUCUAAGGACGAUUACUCUGGUGGACUUUCUAGCAGAAAAUUGCGGUGCCAUGAUGAAAGCUGAGAUUGCCAAAAGAACAUUCGUGGACGAUUAUCUUCUGAAAAUUGUGCACAGUAGAGAAAUGCACAUAACAGUCAAAUAUGCUACUAUCAAGGAGAUUUACAAGUUGAGCAAAAGUUUCAAGGGCGAUGACAGUUUGUCGAUAAUGGGGCAGACAUUCCGGUCCUUGCAAUCAAGCUAUAGGUAUCUUUGCCAGCAGGCUUCAGAGGAAGUUGAUGGAGGAAGUAAGCCUGACUUAUCUGGUCAUACGAGUGAAGCAACAAAAAAGGAAGAGGAAGACCUUAAGAAGGCAAUAGAACUUUCAUUGCAAGAUGCAGGUAAUGGAGGACAAGAAACAACGUCUUUGCACCAGUCGUCUGAUGCACCUCCUGCGGUUCCAUCGUCAAAUGUUCCAUCACAGAAUAAUCCGUUUGUAACAAAGUUGCCGGAACCGGAAACUCCGAAACCAGCGAAAGUGAAAGCACUCUAUGACUUGCAAACGGAUGAUGAGGACACACUCUCAUUCAAGCAGGAUGACAUUAUUACUGUUGUUGAGAAGGUGAACAAUGAUUGGAUCAGGGGUUGCUUGAGGGGUAGAAUGGGAAUAGUACCAGCCAAUUACGUUGAAGAAGUUCCACAGAUUACAACAGAAGAAUUAGGCAAAUUACAAAGUGAGCUAGAUGAUUCUUAUAACAUUGAGAUGCUUCUUUCGAAACUGAUGGAUCUCAGCACAAAGCUCAAAACAGGGCAGAUCACGAAUCAGGAGUUUGAACAGUAUUUAAUCACAAAUGGUAUACCUUCAAAAUUGGAAAAGCUACAACAAACAAAGGAAAGGCUCACAAACUUACUUAAUGUGCUAAAGUUAAAGGUGUCUGAGCUUGAAAGUUUGAAGUUAAAUGCUGAUUCUAGCACCGCACUUUAUCAACAGCUUUUGGUUCAGUCUCAUCAAGGCCAACAACAAUUACAACCCCCACCAUCUGGAGCAUAUAUCCCUCAAUUAGAGACGCAGAUGUCUGGACUAUCUCUGCAGCCGCAGUCGCCCUAUCAGACAGAUUAUACGAAGCAUGAAUUUUGA